AUGGCGGUUUCCUUAUCUUCCCUCACAUCUUCCCUCUCUUCCCUCUCUUUUUCUUCCAACAUCUCUCGCAAAUCAACCCCUCUUUCUCUCCCCAGAACCUUCUCCCUCUCUCGCUCUUCCAAAUUCCCCUCCCUAACCGUAUCCGCUUCAUCACUCGCUCCUCCCGCCGAACCGGAAAUUGCUGACCUCAAGGCAUUCGUUAAAUCCAGACUUCCCGGUGGAUUCGCCGCUCAACAUAUCAUCGCUACCGGUCGCCGAAAAACUGCCAUCGCUCGGGUUGUUCUCAAGGAAGGAACCGGCAGAUUCGUCGUCAAUUACCGCGACGCCACGGAAUAUUUUCAAGGAAAUCCAUUAUGGCUUCAAUACAUUAAGGUUCCCCUAGCAAUUUUGGGAUAUGAUACUAGUUAUGAUGUGUUUGUUAAAGCUCAGGGUGGUGGCCUCUCUGGUCAAUCUCAAGCGAUCACCCUUGGCGUUGCUCGUGCAUUGCUGAAGGUUAGUGAAGACUAUAGAGCACCUUUGAGACUAAAAGGGCUUCUCACCAGAGAUCCUAGAGCUGUUGAGAGGAAGAAAGUUGGUCUCAAGAAAGCUCGUAAAGCCCCUCAGUAUUCCAAACGUUGA